AUGUUGAGACUAAGCAACAGAAUAACCACGAGAUCGUUUGCUUUUGUACGCUACAACUACACGUCAACUGCCCCUCCAACCAAUCAAGAAUCGACUCCAACCAAAACAUCCACAUCAACUCCAGAAGAAGAAGAGUCAUCCACAUCAUUAGCUAGACCAGAAUCGUCACAAUUGAAUUUGAAAGAUUUGCAAAAUAAUGUAUACGCCAAACCAGCACCUAAUAGAGAUACCACAUGGACACAAUCACAACAGGCAAGAAUAGAUGUUAUAAGCAAAUACCCAUUCCGUUUCACACAGAGAGAUUUAGCGGAACAGCCAAGACCAUAUGCUGCUAUUGAAUUGAUUGCUAAAGAACCGAUUAGAUAUUUGAAGCCGGAAGAAGGAAAUAUUGCUGUUUGCGAUGGUAAUAGAGGUAACACUUUACAGGGACAUCCCAAGAUAUUUAUCAAUUUAGAUAAACCUCAAGCUAAUACCUGUGGAUACUGUGGAUUGAGAUAUGCCAAGGAGGAAUUUAGAGAGGAAAUUGAAGCCAAGGGGGAGUUUUAA